GGGCAAAAAAAAAAAAUAAUCAAAACCAAUGCGCGAAUUCUGUCAUCAAACAAAAAAUCACCUGAGACUCAAAAACGAGUCGUAUUUUCGUCAAAAAGCACAAUUAAAUGCAAUAAAUAACGAUGAAACCUACAAUAGAUAUUGACGCGUUACGUACGGAGCAUGAAUCUGACGAGCAAUGGGAGGUUCGACGUAACUUUAUGGAAGAACAUAAGGACGAUUUUGAGGAAGGCGAAUUAAUAACUUUGGCUCAAUUGUUUACUAAUAUUGAGUUUUUGGGAUGUCGAUACCCACCAGCAACAAUGAAAAGGAUAGCCAAGCUUUCAGAGAAGGUGUCAGCCAAAUACAGAGAAAGCAGAAAGAAUAAACUUAAAAGAACAUUCGUACAAGCCAGUGACGCGGCAGAGCAGAAGGCUAAGAGAACUUUUACUAAGUAAAGAUAGUUAUAAUUAAUGUAAGGGACUAUAAUAAAUA